UUCCAUUAUAUUUCCAUUACAUAUUCUUUCCAUUUUUCAUUUUAUAUUUUUAUAUUUUUACAUUUUUAUAUUCUUAUAUUUUUUUUUUCUUUAUUAUUCAAAACAGUCCUUAUUUGAAUUAAACAAAACAACAUAUUCAAAUAUAUUAAACUACUAAAGUAAUAAAGUAAUAAUAUUAAUACAAUAAUGGUAGAUUCAAAUUCAAAUUCAAAUUCAAAUUUAAACCUAUCCUACCUAAAUGUCUACUCAAAUUACUCAAAUUACUCAAAUUACUCAAAUUACUCAAAUUACUCAAAUUACUCAAAUUACUCAAAUUACUCAAACAACCUAAAUGCUCGUUCCCAUUCAAGUCUCAAUCUAAUCUCUCGCUCAAAUUCUUACUCAAACUUGGCCAACGAAAAUGACAAUAACCAAAUCAUAAACUCUGACCCAAUUAUCAAUUCAAUUCCCUUUUUGUCUCAAUCGUAUUACCUUCCAAAACUACCUCUCCCUUCUCUACCCCAAAGUGUUGAAAACCUACUCAACGCUCUAAAACCUUUGCAAACUCCUGAGAAUUUUAAAAACUCCAUAGAAAUAUUGAUCAAUUUUCAAAACAACAAAAUCAUCAACAUCCUACAAAACCAUCUCCUAAAAUUCAACUCAAAUCCUCAAACCAAAAACUAUCUAGAUCUAUUCAACAACUCACGAAACCACAACGUUACAAACAUCUACUCGGAAUAUCGUGGUAACAUCUUACCAAGAAACCCUUACUUUAUUCUCGAAGCUGAUCCAAAAUCAAAAUUCUCUAUUUUUCCUCCAACUCAACAUGAAAGAGCUGCUGUACUAACUCUAAGCACCUUGAAAUUCAUUAUAACACUCAGAUCAAACAACUAUGCUGUUAAUGACUUCUCCCCAAAAUCAAACAACCCACUUUCCUACAACUCCUACAAAAACUUGUUUGGUUCUACUAGAUCUCCCUCAAAGGCUGGAAAUGGUAUCAACGUCAAACAAGACCCAAACUCCUCUCACAUUGCUAUCCUAAUAAACUCAAAAUUCUACAUCCUAAAGGUCCUAACUUCAAAUAAUGAAAUCAUCUUUAACGAUCUACAACUAGAAUCUAUCUUCAGACAUUUAAUUUUAAAUUCAAUCAACAACAUCUCAGACUUAAUCCUAGAUUCCUUUCCAAUCGCUGCAAUUUCAGCCACCAACAGAAAAUCUUGGACAAUUUCAAGAAACUUACUAUCAAAAAAUAAAAUUAACAACAACAACUUGAAUCUAAUAGAUACUGCUUUGUUCGUUCUAACUCUAGACAACGAUGAAUCAUACUUGAAGGAUAAAAACUUCCCUUCCUCAAUUGCUCAUGGCUAUUCAAAAAUAUCAAAUGGCAUCCAGGUUGGCUCUGGCAUAUCAAGAUGGUAUGAUAAACUACAAAUCAUUAUAGCCAAAAACUCAAAAACUUGUGUAAUGUGGGAACCAACUUCUUGUGAUGGCACUGUGGUUCUAAGAUUCGUUUCAGAUAUCUAUUCAGACACAAUCUUAAGACUAGCGUUAAAGAUCAACAAUAACAACAACAAAUACACUCUUUUCAAUGACAACAUCAACUUUGUUAGCUCCCAUUACAAGAAGCCAAAAUUAAUCAAACUAGUUUGGGAUACCUCAGACACUCAACUUAUGAAAGAAGUUCAUUUAUCUGAAACAAAUUUAAGUGACUUGCUAUGUCGCUUUGAUCACAAAUUUAAAAACUUCAAUACUUAUGUUGGUACAAAUACUUUUAAAAAAAAAUAUAAACUAAACCCAGAUUCUUUGGUUCAAUUAUCCAUUCAAAUCGCCUACUAUGCUCUAUAUGGAAAAUCUCCUGCUACUUUUGAAUCUGUUUCAACAAGAAGAUUCGAUCAUGGCAGAUCAGAAAUGUGCGCCAUUCAAAAUGAUCUUAUUUUAAAAGUCUGCCAAAAUUUUAUUAGUAACGUAUCAACUCUACAAAGAUGGAGCUUCUUAGUACUGGGUUGUGAAGAAAUCAAUAGAAUGAAAUCAAUGUGCAUGCAUGGUAGAGGUUUUGAAAAACACUUUAAAGCUUUAAAAUUGGCCUAUAUCAUGAAAGAUUAUUUGAAUAAUUUGCACAAAGAUGAUAAGUUUUUACCCCAAAUUCCAAAUAUUGAAAAUUUAAACAAUAUUGAAGAAGAGAUCCCCUUUUUAUUCAAUGAAAAUGGUUUAUUCGAAUUAGUGUUUGAACCAGAAAUAUUAGCUGUUAAUUGUGGUAAUCCUGCUUUGAAAUUUUUCUCAGUUACUCCAACUCAUCCUAAUGGCUUUGGUAUUGGCUAUAUUAUAAAAGAAGACUUGAUCUCUCUAACUAUUUGUUCUCAAUAUAGACAAAAUGAAAGAUUUUUACAAACAUUGCAAUGGGUAUUUAACGAAAUCCAUUUUCUUUGGAAAAAUGUUGGAAAAUUGAAAAACCACGCUUCUCUAGUUUCUGCAGAAGAUAUGAUUAGAACAAUAACAAUGUCAAUAGAUGAUACAUCAAAUAAUUUUGGUUGUUCAAUGAAUAGAACAGAUAGUCUAAUGGUUAACAAUGAUCCAGAAUAUACUCUUGGUGGAUACGGUUUCUUUGAUGUAAUGGAUUUAGAAGUCCGAAAUCAUAGUCAAGAUGUUUCAAGAAAAUUAUCAAGAAAUGUAAGUUAUGGUAAUGAUUUGCAUAAAUUGCAACAAAAACCAAAUAACUUUCUUAAUAUAAAUAAGUAUCUACAAAGUCGUUUAACUGAAGGAUACGAAAAUCGAAUUGGUUUUGAUUUUGAGGACUACUUGAGUACAGAUUCACUACCAGAAUUUUCAGAAAGAAAGGUUGUUCUUGAUAAAAAUCUUAAACUGACUAUUGGUAAACCAAUAAUGAUGGAUGAAGAUUAGAUUUAUUAAACUUAAGUUCAAUAUUCAUUUUAUCUUUUUUCUCAUCUUUUACUAUUCUCUCACUAUCUUGUUUCUUGUUUUAUUUUUUUCGAUUGGAGUUUUUUAUUUUGUCAUUUGAUUUUACAUUCAAUUUUCAGGUUUUUUUCAUUUUUAUUUUUAAUUAUAUUUCAUAUAAACUUGGAUG